GAAAUGGUACCGGUUCAAGAGGAGAAUCUGGGACGCGGAGGUUUAAAAAUGAUUCAAAGAUAAGAGAAGCCGGGAUUUGCAGAGCCACCGGCGAGUCUGAGUCUCCGAUAGACCGAGAAAUCAACCCUCUCCCAAUUUUUCUAGGGUUUGCUCUUCGUUGUUUCGGGACGCAGAUUUCUUCACUCUGUAGGAUGGUAGAAUAAAUCCCUAGAUCCAGAUUGUGAAGAUCAGAUUAUUUGAUUCUUCUGUGCGUUUACGAAGUCCAUGGAGGAGGCGACAAGCAACGGUGAAGGUACAGAGAGUAAUCAGUUAAAUGGUUUGGUGAAAAUUGAUAAACUGAAUAAUUGCGGUGGAGGAGGAGGUGGUAUGGCUAACUCUGCCAAUGCAAGUUCCAGAGAUAACAGGAGCUUACAAAUUUACAAGCGGAGAAAACUUGGAAGAUCGGUUUCUGGGACUAAUUGUAAAGAAGAUGAGAGAAUCUCUAUGGAAGGCCUUAGUCACUCAGGAAGCCGGGAGUCUGUCGCUUGUGAUGGAAAUAAUCAAAAGUUCAGCAUAGGAACUCAUCUUAUUGGUGAAGUCCAUGAGCUUUCCAAUCCACAUAAACCGUCAAUUGAACCCAAGUAUGAGACUGCAACAGUCAGUUGCCAGAAUGUUCUGUCUCAAGUUUUAGCUUCAAAGGAGUUUGCAUCCCUUAGUAAGUUGCUUUCUGAAAAUCUUCAAGGGGUCAAGAUUGAAGACUUUACGUGCAGGACUCUGAUAGACACCAGGAUGAAAGAGGGUGUUUAUGAUGGUUCACCUCUGCUCUUUUCAACGGAUCUCCAAGAGGUCUGGCAAAAAAUACAGGAUGUUGGUAAUGAUAUGGCUGUUCUGGCUAAUAGUCUCUUAGAGCUUUCAAGGACCUCGUGUACCGAACAGUUGAAGGAAUUCUAUACUGGGGAAUCGAAGCCAUGUCCUGAUGUAGAGAUCAUCAGAAAUGACAGUGUUUAUGACAUUUGCAAGAUAUGUGGAGAGAAGGCACCGGUGAGAGACUGUUUGGCAUGUGAUCAUUGUGAAGAUGUGUACCAUGUCUCAUGUGCACAUCCUGGUGGGAAAGGGAUGUCGACGAAUAGUUGGUAUUGUCUAAACUGCACAGCUAAUGGAAUCGGAUCACCUCACGAGAAUUGUGUAGUGUGCGAAAGAAUGAAAACCGAAAGGAUGAUGAAGACAGAUAAAGGAUGUGUUGAUAUGAGCGCAGAAUGUAAAGAAGAUUCGAACGAAUCUGGAGAGAAUUCAAGCUGUAACAUGAAUCAUGGAGUUCACCACGUCACGAGAGAUUCUGAAAUCUGUAGGACCUGUGGAACAAUAGUGGAGAAUGGCGGCGGCGGAAAGUUCAUAACAUGUGAUCACCCUUUUUGCCCACACAAGUAUUACCACAUCAGGUGUUUGACUUCAACGCAAAUAAAACUACACGGUGCUCGUUGGUAUUGCUCGUCGUGCUUAUGCAGAAACUGUCUAAAAGACAAGGACGAUGAUAAGAUUGUCUUGUGUGAUGGGUGUGAUGAUGCGUAUCACAUCUAUUGCAUGAGACCUCCGUGUGCAUCGAUUCCAGAUGGAGAAUGGUUUUGCAAAACAUGUAAAGCUGCAAUCCAGAAAGUCCGCAAAGCGCGAAAGGCUUUUGAGAAGAAGAUGCCGAAACAAAAAGGAAGGAAGAUUGGGAAUCUUGAGAGCGAACCGCGAAGUAAAGGCAUUGGAGAAUUGGAUAAAUGCGUAGGAGGAAUGGACAUGCUUUUAAACGCAGCCGACACUCUGAAAAAUCAAGAACAGAUGACAUUCCAUUCCAUCAAAUGAAGGAUUGGAUUAAAAAAACAAAACCACGAGACAGAGUAUACAGCCAACUUCUUGUCCCUAAAGAUUUUUUCUUUAGUUAUUCAUCUUCCUAACUUGCAAGACUAUUAAUAUUGAUUCUUCUUGACAAAUUUGUGUUCGUUUUGGAAUUUUGCUAACUUUUAAUAGGAAGACAGAGGAUUCUGAAGAUAACCCUUCUACGGUUGAAUUCUUUUAAUAAACAGUGCC